AUGGCUCUGCGGCGGCUCGUCCAGCAGAACCACACCGCCAGCUUCGCCGGCUUCAGCGCCGCUGGGGAGCAGCUGGCUCUGCCCAUGGACAGCCGGCGGGUCCAGCUCCUGGCCAGCACGGGGGGGACGCUGCCCUUUUUGGGGGGGCCCCGCCCCCGCGGGCGCAAGCAGCUCGCCUUAGCCAGGUCCAGUUCCUUGGGCGACUCCUCCAGGCCACAAAGACACCUCGUUGCUAUACUAAAAGAAGAUAAAGAGACGUUUGGGUUUGAAAUCCAGACGAUACGAUUUCCGCACCAGCAUGAUUACUCCCUGGAGGUGUGUACUUGCGUCUGCAGAAUCCAAGAAGAAAGUCCUGCCCAUCUUUCUGGCCUUCAAACCGGCGACAUCCUCGCCAGCAUCAACGGCGUCAACACCGACGGCUUCAGUCACAAGCAAAUUGUAGACUUGAUAAAGUCUUCAGGGAACUAUUUAAGGUUAGAGACGGUCAACGGGGCCAUGUACCUGCGGAAAAUGGAGCUCGAGACCAAGCUGCAGCUACUGAAGCAAUCGCUGCAGCAGAGGCGGACGGAGCUGCGUGCCCUGCUCACACGGGAGCAGCGCCUGCUGCACGGGGCGGUGACCGACGAGGCGGUGCUGGGCACGCCAGAGCUGGAGGAGCCCAGUGUGCUGGGGGGCUGUGCCACGCCGGGACCCCUCUUCCCACUGAAGCCGCGCUUCUCCAGCGAGAGCAGCUCGCGCAGCCGGCUGAGCUCGGUGACGGCGGACAGCGCGGACAGCUGCUACCACAGGGGGGAGGGCAGCGGCUGCAGCAGCAGCUUUGGGACCCUCCCGCGGAAAAGCAGGAGACCCAGCGUCCGAAAGCACCUUUUGAAAUUCAUCCCAGGCCUUCACCGGGCAGUGGAGGAGGAAGAAAGCCGGGUGUGA